CGCCUAGUUUCGAGACACCACACGCAAGAAAGCUGCUGGGUGAUACUAUACGGGAAGGUUUACGAUGUAACCAACUUCUUGCAAGAGCACCCUGGAGGAGCUCAGGCGAUACUUCGUUCUGCCGGCCGCGACGCAACCGAAGACUUCGACUUGAUACACCCUGCCGAAACACUCGGAGACAUUCAGUCGUUAUAUCUUGGAACGUGCCAGCAGCAGAAGGCAGUUCCGCAACAUCAAAGGGUGAAGCAGGAGCCAGAGGUUCUUCUUAACACAUUGCUCAACCUUGAAGAAAUCGAAGCCGCAGCAACAAAAGUGAUCAGUAAAAAGGGAUGGGCUUAUUAUUACUCAGCCUCCGACGACAAGAUUUCAAAACGUCUUAACACAGAGGCCUAUCGGCAAAUCUUGUUUCGACCGCGGGUAUUUGUGGAUUGUCGUAACUGCGAUCUGGAUGUGACGAUUCUGGGUCAUAAAGUGGGACUACCACUUUUUGUCAGCCCAACAGCCAUGGCCCGACUGGGGCAUCCAACAGGAGAAGCGGGGAUCGCUGAAGGAUGUCGCCCGUUUGGUGCGCUGCAAAUUAUUGCAAAUAAUUCAUCUGUGUCACCGGAAGAUGUUGUUGCUAAUGCAUCGCCAACUCAAAUAUUCGGAUGGCAGCUAUACGUUCAGCUGAACAGAAAGUCCAGCGAGGAGAUGCUAGCGCGCGUCAACGGUCUCGACCAAGUCAAAUUCAUUGUUCUUACGCUCGAUGCCCCAGUUGCGGGAAAGAGAGAGGAUGACGAGCGAUUCAAUAUCCAAAAUAACUCAUCAGGAAGCGUCACCACCCAGCUUUUCGCUGGAACGGAUCCGUCUCUGACCUGGUCAGACACCUUGAAGUGGUUAUCCCAACACACCACGAAGCCAGUGGUUCUGAAAGGAAUACAAACCCACGAGGAUGCGCUAUUGGCCAUUCAGUACGCCUCGUUCGUUAAGGCGAUCGUACUGUCAAACCACGGUGGACGAUCUCUUGACACAGCACCACCGGCUGUGCAUACUCUUCUUGAAAUUCGGGAGAACUGCCCCGAGGUCUUCAGUAAAGUAGAGGUCUGGGUUGAUGGUGGUAUUCGCAGAGGCACAGAUGCCAUAAAAGCCCUUUGUCUUGGAGCAAAGUGUGUUGGAAUUGGAAGGCCAGCUCUCUGGGGUCUAGCUGCAGGGGGACCACAGGGCGUCGAAAGAACCUUGAAAAUUUUGUCUGAUGAGAUGAAGACGUCCAUGCGCCUGCUUGGAGCGCAAAACGUGGAAGAUCUUGGUCCCCACCAUGUGAGAGAGCUCAAAGCGCUUCACAAAAAUAUGACUUUGACUGAUGAAUAUAGGUGA